AUGUUGAAAUCUCAUCUUCAACAAUCUACAAAAUCUCUGAUUCCAUGGAGUACUAAGCCAUUUGAUUUUUCAAGAGAAAUCUUAGACUUUUUUCCUAUCAACAUUUUAAGUAAAAAUCAUAGGAAAAAUAAGAAGAACAACAAUUUUAUAGUUCAUUAUAAUGUUGCAAAGAGCACUAAAGCUGUCCUUGGUUCUACAAAAAAAUCCAUGGGUGUUAAAGUAGUGGUGAAAGUUCAAAAAUCAGUUGGAGGAACUAAUUUAGGUUUAUCAAGAGGACUUGAUGAUUUGCUUGGUAAAUCACUCUUAUUGUGGAUUGUUGCUGCUGAACUUGAUCCUAUGACUGGAAUUGAGAAGCCAAGUAUAAGGAUAUUUGCUAAUCGUGGACGAGAUGUGGAUGGUGAGACACAUUAUGAAGCAAAUUUUGUAUUUCCUAAAGACUUUGGGGACGUUGGUGCAAUUUUAGUAGAAAAUGAGCACAAGGAAAUGUAUGUGAAGAAUAUAGUAAUUGAUGGCAAAAUUACAAUUACUUGCAACUCUUGGGUCCAUACAAAAUUUGAGAAAAGGAUUUUCUUCACCAACAAGUCAUAUAUACCAUCUCAAACUCCAAAUGGCAUAAAAAGGUUAAGAGAGAAAGAACUUGUGACAUUAAGAGGUGAUGGCUUUGGAGAAAGAAAAAAAUAUGAAAGGAUUUAUGACUAUGAUGUUUAUAAUGAUAUCGGAGAUUCGACUGAUAAUGAUAAUGGUGAUAAUAAAAGACCAGUACUUGGCGGAAAACAAUUACCUUAUCCUAGAAGGUGUAGAACUGGUCGAUCAAGAAGUAAUAAAGAUCCAUUGUCUGAAUUAAAGAGUGACUUUGUAUACGUACCAAGAGAUGAAGAAUUUUCAGAAGUGAAGAGCUUAACAUUCUCCGGCAACCCUAUUUUCUCAGUCCUACAGGCGGUCGUCCCGGCGUUGGAGACGGUUACUUCCGAUUCGGACCACGAGUUUUCACAGACCCCGUCUAUCGAUUCAUUAUUCAACGUUGGUGUCGAUGUAUCGAGACAAGGCAAUAAGAAAAAUGGCAUGUUUAAAGUUGUACCAAUGCUCAUUAAGGUUAUGUCUGAUACGCAAAAAAAUGUCUCCCUAUUUGAAACCCCUCAAUUGCUUCAAAGGGACAAGUUAUCUUGGUUAGGAGAUGUGGAAUUUGCUCGUCAAACUUUAUCUGGUUUUAAUCCAUUUAGUAUACGAUUGGUCACGGAAUGGCCACUAAAGAGCAAGCUAAGCCCUGAGGUGUAUGGACCCCCUGAAUCAGCAAUGACAAAAGAACUAAUUGAACUUGAAAUUGGAGGAUCUAUGACUGUUGAAGAGGCAGUUCAACAAAAGAAGUUGUUCAUCCUAGAUUAUCAUGAUUUAUUAUUGCCAUAUGUGAACAAAGUGAAUGAACUCAAAAAGACAAUAUUAUAUGGAUCAAGGACUUUAUUCUUCUUGACACAUGAAGGCACAUUGAGACCUUUGGCUAUUGAGCUAACUAGGCCACCAAUAGAUAAUAAGCCUCAAUGGAAGCAAGCAUAUUUCCCAAGUACUUGGAAUGCCACUGGUGCUUGGCUAUGGAAAUUGGCUAAAACACAUGUUCUUGCUCAUGACUCUGGCUAUCACCAACUAGUCAGUCAUUGGCUAAGGACUCAUUGUGCUACAGAGCCAUAUAUUAUAGCAACAAAUAGACAACUUAGUGCAAUGCACCCAAUAUAUAGAUUAUUGCAUCCUCAUUUUAGACAUACAAUGAAGAUAAAUUCCUUAGCUAGAGAAGCACUUAUCAAUGCAAAUGGAAUUAUUGAGACUUCAUUUUCCCUUGGCAAGUAUGCAAUGGAAUUUAGUUCUGUUGCCUAUGAUCUUGAAUGGAGAUUUGACCAAGAGGCACUCCCACAAAACCUUAUUAGCAGGGGAUUGGCUGUGGAAGAUCCAAAUGAACCAUAUGGAUUAAAACUAACAAUAGAAGAUUACCCUUUUGCAAAUGAUGGUUUAAUACUUUGGGACACACUUAAACAAUGGGUAACAAAUUAUGUCAACCAUUAUUAUCCACAAAUAAAUCUAAUUGAAUCUGAUAUAGAGAUUCAAGCUUGGUGGUCAGAGAUAAAAAAUGUUGGCCAUGGUGACAAAAAAAAUGAACCAUGGUGGCCAGAGUUAAAAACCCCAAAUGACUUAAUUGGUAUUAUAACUACAAUGAUUUGGGUAACUUCUGGCCACCAUGCAGCAGUUAACUUUGGCCAAUACAUUUAUGCAGAUUACUUUCCAAAUAGGCCAACAAUUGCUAGGACAAAAAUGCCAACUGAAGAUCCAACAAAUGAAGAAUGGGAAAAUUUCUUGAAUAAACCUGAGGAGGCAUUGAUAAAAUGCUUACCUUCACAACUUCAAGCAACAAAAAUAACAGCAAUUAUGGAUGUUUUAUCUAAUCAUGCUCCAGAUGAAGAAUAUAUUGGUGACAAAAUUGAGCCUUAUUGGGCUGAGGAUCCUGUAAUUAACGCGGCGUUUGAAGUAUUUUCGGAGAAAUUGAAGGAACUUGAAGGGAUUAUUGAUGCUAGAAAUGUUGAUAGUAAGUUGAUGAAUAGGAAUGGAGCUGGUGUUAUGCCUUAUGAAUUAUUAAAACCAUUUUCUGAACCUGGUGUUACUGGAAAAGGUGUACCAUAUAGUAUUUCCAUUUGAAUGUUGUAACAAAGUUUAAUAUGAAAUAAAAGAUGAUGCUACCCAAAUGUACUAAUAGGUCCUUUGCUAUAUAUUUUUUUGUUGAUACGAAC